AUGGCGAAAUUCUUUGGUCUUCGAGGUCAGGCGCUACAUCGUGCAAUGAUCUGGGCCGUAAUCAUGCCUGCUUACAUCCUGUUUGGGUACAACAAUGCAGUCGCUGGUGGACUACUUAGUCUGCGUGCCUGGAUUGAAACUUUUCCACAGCUCAACACCAUUACUGUCACGGGUACUCAGAAAACCCAAAAUUCUAGAUUGCAGGGAACAGUCGUUGCUCUGUAUACCCUGGGAUGCUUUCUUGGUGCCUUAUCCUGUAUAAGGAUCGGCGAUACCCUAGGUCGCAAACGAACAAUCAUGCUUGGAGCAGCUAUCAAUAUAGUUGGGGCUAUCCUUCAGUCUUCAUCCUAUUCUCUUGGCCAGUUGAUCGUUGGACGUCUUGUUUCCGGCUUAGGUUUUGGUGCUUUAACAGCAACCGCUCCAAAUUGGCAAUCCGAAUGUUCUAAAGCGCAACAUCGUGGCUGCGUGGUGCUUCUUGAAGGCUUGUUUAUCAGUGCAGGGUUAGCAACUGCUGCUUGGGUGAACUUUGGAUUGUCUCAUUCCACCGGAGGAGUCACUUGGCGUUUUCCACUAGCUCUCUCCAUCUUGUGGUCAAUUGUCGUUUUAAUAACCACACCGCAUAUGCCAGAAUCCCCCCGUUGGUUGAUCAAAAAAGGGCGCAUAGAAGAAGCACGAGAAGUUCUAGCAGCUUUAGACGAUAUGCCUAUAGAUUCAGCUCAAGUACAUGCCGAUAUAACAGAGAUUGAAGAAGGGCUUCUAUUAACCGGUAAAGGCUCAUUCCGUGAUAUCUUCCGCAUGGGCGACGAGCGUCUUUUCCACAGAGCUUGUCUUGCAGUAUGCGGCCAAAUGUUCCAACAAUUGAGUGGAAUAAACGCUCUCGCUUUUUAUCAAGCUACGAUCUUCGAGGUGGGCUUGGGACUAUCAGCACAGACAGCUCGAAUUUUGAGUGCUUGUGUCUUUACUUGGCAGACCUUUUGUUCACCAAUAGGAGUUUUGACAGUUGAUCGAUUUGGAAGGAGAAAGCUGAUGAUGUUUGCGGCCUUUGGAAUGGGAUCUUGCAUGGCGAUUAUUGCGGGGACUUCUUCGCAAAUAACCAAUACGUCUUGUGUGAUUGUCGCUGCAGUCUUCAUCUUCAUGUUUUCAUUAUUCUUUCCGACUGGAUUUCUGGGACUGACUUUCUUGUAUGCUUCGGAGAUCGCGCCGCUGAGCGUCAGAGUUCCUAUCACUGCUAUGUCAACAGGAAGUGCAUGGAUUUUCAACUUCACUGUGGCCGAAAUAACACCAGUCGGAUUCGCUACUAUAGGAUGGAGAUACUACAUUAUAUAUGCAUGUAUCAACUUCUUCCUCAUACUUCCCGGUGUAUACUUUUUCUUUCCAGAAACUAAUGGACGUCAUCUCGAAGAGGUUGAUCAAAUCUUCAUCCGGAGCAAAAAUGUUUUUGAAGCCGUACCCGUCUCUAAACGUAUGCUCAGAGGUUCUUUCAGUUUUAUCUGCACUGGAGGAGUCGAGAAGAACGAGGUUAUUCACGUUGAAAAGGGGAAACUAGCGAGUUUUGGAAUGGCUAAUGUCGCGACACACGCGCGUAGUAGCUCGGUAGGAGCCAAUGACAAUCAAGUCAUGGCAGGAGAAUUCUUUGUUGCCCUCUGGGAAUCCGUCUUCACACCCGGUCCCACUCCCGUCCUCCUUGUUGCGACCAACGUCACAUUCGCAGCUCUACAACUCGUGUUCUUACUCCUUUUGGUCGCUACGUACAGCAUCCAUUUUGUGGUUCUAUCGUUCCUAUGCGCCGGGUUAUGGUGGGCUAUAAAUUGGUUCGCUACGGAGCUGAAGAGUGUGAAAGAUGAAGAGGAAGCACGAAAGAAGACAGAAGGGGGAGCUGGAGGAGAUGGCAGUGAUACUGAGGCGGAGACUGUUGUUGAUGAGGAAGGCCCGCCCGGGAGCAAGGAUAUUGAGGUGUUGGAAAUGAAAGGAGAGUUGAAGGAUAGGUCGAAUUCUGUUGGAGGAGGAAACAAGAGUGAGGCUAGCACGGAGGAUGAGUGGGAGAAAGUUACCUCACGAUCCACCCUCAACCACCACGUCAACUCUUCAAAAUCAAUUUACAUCAACAAGAAAACCGGCAUCAUGAAGCUCGUCAGGUUUCUCAUGAAAUGUGCGAACGAAACGGUCACGAUUGAACUCAAAAAUGGCACAAUUAUCCACGGUACCAUAACUUCCGUCUCCCCGCAGAUGAAUACCGCUCUCCGCACCGUCAAGAUGACCCCUAAGAAUGGCACAUCUCUCUCACUCGAUACCAUCAACCUAAGAGGUUCCACAAUCCGUUAUUACAUUCUGCCUGAUUCGUUACCGCUCGAUACAUUGUUGAUAGACGAUGCACCAAAGCCAAAGAACAAGGCUAGAAAGGAAGUUACAGGUACUGCCGAUAGAGGCGGUAGAGGAGGUCCCCGAGGUGGACGAGGUGGAGGUGGAGGUAGAGGAGGCGGUGGUAGAGGAGGCGGUAGAGGAGGCGGCGGUGAUGGUGGUGGAUUCAGAGGAGGACGGGGCCGAGGCGGCGGUGGAAGAGGAUUUUAA